AAUCAUGCAAAACCAGACCAUUGUCACUGAGUUCAUACUCCUGGGACUUUCACAAAACCCAAAAGUUGAGAAGCUCCUAUUUGUUAUAUUUUUCUUGCUCUAUCUUGCAACAAUUGGAGGCAACAUGACAAUUGUGGUGACCAUUGCUUCGAGUCCUGUGUUGCUGGGUUCCCCUAUGUACUUCUUCUUGGCAUUCUUGUCCUUAUUGGAUGCAUGUGUCUCCUCUAUUGUCACACCCAAGAUGAUUAUAGAUUUAUUCUAUAAGAGAAAGACCAUCUCCUUUGAAUGUUGCAUAAUGCAAGUGUUUUCUAUCCACUUCUUCAGUGCUGUGGAGGUGAUCAUUCUAGCAGCUAUGGCUUAUGACCGCUAUGUGGCCAUUUGUAAGCCCUUGCACUACUCUUCAAUUAUGAACAGGAGGCUCUGUGGCAUCCUAGUGGGGGUAGCCUUUGUCGGGGGAUUUUUGCAUUCCAUCAUACAAAUUAUCUUCACUUUGCAGUUGCCUUUUUGUGGACCCAAUUUUAUUGAUCAUUUCAUAUGUGACUUGUUCCCAUUGCUGAAGCUUGCUUGCACUGACACACACAUAUUUGUAAUUUUAGUGUUUGCUAACAGUGGGUCUAUCUGCAUCAUUAUCUUUUCCUUUUUACUUGUUUCCUACGUUGUCAUCUUGUUCUCUCUGAGAACCCACAGUUCUGAAGGGAGACGUAAAGCUCUCUCUACCUGUGGGUCCCACAUUACUGUUGUGGUUUUGUUCUUCGUUCCAUGCAUAUUGAUAUAUGCACGACCUACAUCUCCAUUCUCUUUGGAGAAAUAUGUAUUUAUAUUUGCUGAUGUCUUGACACCUUUACUCAAUCCUGUGGUUUACACUUUCAGGAAUAAGGAAAUGAAGAAUGCCAUCAGGAAAAUGUGGAGAAGUUUAUUAGUGGCUCCUGACAUAUUAAAAUAA